GCAGCAGCAGGCGUCAGGGUCAGGAUCGAAGCCACGACCUCCGGUGGUUAAGAACGACAGCGGAGCGGCGGCCAAGGCACGGAACGCGUCCGUGAGGACGUAGAGCCAGGGAGGAGACGGAGCCGUGACAAUCAGCCGCUCCCCCGUGCGGAUCGUUGCAUCGUCACGGGAUCGUGAGAGGUGGCGGCUUGGGCAAGGCCUUCAUCCGCCAGUGGAUUGACCAUGGCUGAUUGAUGAUGAUGGUGGUGGUGUAACAACAAAAUUUAAUUUCGCAAACGGUUCACAAAAAUACGUCGAAACUAAAAAAAACCCCCAUCAUUUAUCUUCCAUUAAAAGAAAAUUAUACUUCGAGCUGAGCUGCAUUGAAACUCAUUUUGAAAAUACCAACUUGUCACCGCGUGAUGAAUGUAAACAGAUCGACGAACAUCCUGGGAAGCCCCGGGCGGCGCAGAAAGUGCGGCAUUAGCAUGACGGCUGCGUGUGUGUUUAUUGUGAGCACAUAGGCGCGACUCUGAGGAUUUCUGCUGGUCAGGGUAAUUUUUUUAAAAACAAUUUUCGGAGACUGCUGCCACAUUGGCAAAAUUAUUGUGGCGUCACCGCAUGCGGCGGUGGGUGAUAUAAAGGGUUUGCUUGCUACCCCGUGGUGCAUUUACAGCAGACUCCUGAUCACCUGGCCUGUCAACAUGACCACCGCGCGGAACGCCGCGUCGGCGCUGGUGGCCGCGAUGAUCGUCCUGGCGGGCGCCUACGAGCUGCAGACGAUCGAGCAGCUGGACACGAACUUGCCGGACGUGCAGCUGGACAUCGUGAGGCUGCACAACGAGCUGCGCGCCAACGUGACGCCGCUCCCCACCAACAUGCUCAAGAUGGAAUGGAACUCGGUUGCUGGCAACAACAGCCUGGCCUGGGCCAAGAGAUGCACCCUCAACCACAGCCCCGCGGAGAAUCGCAAGACCUCAGCGUUCCAGUGCGGGGAGAACAUCUUCCUGGCCACGGCGCCACUCUCGUGGCAGGACGCCGUGCUCGACUGGUAUAACGAAGCCGAGGUGCCGGGCUUCAUCUUCGGCAAGGGUCCGGCCGCCCCCGGAGACAUCGGCCACUACACGCAGGUGGUGUGGUACAGCUCCUUCCAGCUGGGCUGUGCGGUCAACUACUGCCCAGAGGCCAUCUACAAGUAUGUCUACGUGUGCCAUUACUGCCCCGCCGGUAACCUCAACACUCGCUUGAGUCGCCCCUACAAUGAGGGAAGCCCAUGCAGAAGCUGCCCCAACGACUGCGAGAACGACCUCUGCACCAACGCGUGUCCGUACAGAAACCUGUACGCGAACUGCGACCCGAUGAAGACGAUCUACGGCUGCGCUCCAACGGGGAACGGGAAAAUAAUCCGCUCCUACUGCCCAGCCUCGUGCUUCUGCUCGGACAAGAUCUACUGACAACCCUCGUCAUGACCAUCGCAUUACCGUCAUCAUAGCUUCCAUCUAAUCAUCAUCAUCAUCAUCACCAUCGCAUUACCAUCAUCAUAGCUUCAAUCUCAUCAUCGUCAUCACCAUCGCAUUACCGUCAUCAUAGCUUCCAUCUAAUCAUCGUCAUAAUCAUCAUCACCAUCACAUUACCGUGAUCAUAGCUUCAAUCGAAUGAUCGUCAUCAUUAUCAUCAUCGCAUUCGCGUCAUCACAGCUUCAACCUCAUCAUUGUCAUCGUCAUCAUCAUCACCAUCGCAUUACCAUCAUCAUAGCUUCAAUCUCAUCAUCGU